UGACUCGGAAUGCCUAUCUUAGUCUAGGAUCUAGACUGUCGUCAGUCUAAGGGUAAACGGGCUAGGACUGGAGCUAUGCCCAAUUAGUGCCCGCUGCUUUGUGCCACUGACUCGGGGUAUCGGACUCCUGGAUCUAGGGUCGAGAGCUCCCCUAUAUAAGUGAACCCGUCACACUGUCGCUCUUUGUUCUGAACCACAACCUACUCCGGUCAGGGCAUAGCCUGCGUUAGCACCCUCCCCCCUGAUCAUAUCCAAUAUGCCUAAGGAUUACACUACCACUAGCAGCGGCACUAAUAGCCAGGGCAACCACUACUGUAGCCGCGACUACGGCAGCAGUGGUAAUGGUUACCACUACUCGAAUACGGAUGGGAGCUACUACUACAAGAACUCGAACGGUUCCACGUACUACGACACCGGCAACGGGUACUCCCAGUACACCUCGCCCAGCGGCAACGUGACAAAGUCGUCUGGAACUGGAGGCUCGAAGUGAUUCCUGGCGGUGGACGGAGUCCGACGGACGAUGUGUUACGUGUAAUGUUCCUGACCGCUUGAGUCAUGACGGGUGUUAUCGCUAUAUGGUCGUGAAUUCAACCAGCUGAUUCGCUUGC